AUGAGACUGAGGAAGCAAACUCCCAGGGACUUCUUAAAGCAAAUCCCUGGACGGCCAGUUGUGGUGAAAUUAAAUUCUGGUGUGGAUUAUGGAGGGAUCCUGGCCUGCCUGGAUGGCUACAUGAACAUAGCACUGGAGCGGACAGAGGAAUAUGUAAAUGGACAGCUGAAGAAUAAGUACGUGGACGCAUUUAUCCGAAGCAACAAUGUGCAGUACAUAAGUACACAGAAGAGGAGGAUGUGACGAUACC